CCCAGGGCCCUGGACACCCACCCUCAUCUGCCCAACUGCCUUCCCAGAUCUCCGCUUUCCAUCUCUGAGGCAAGGCAAGGGCCCUGGGAUCAGCUCAGCACCACCCUAUGCCCCUGGGUUCUCCUCUCUGGAGUCCCUCCCUUCUCCUUCGCCUAUCUGAACUGGGGGUGGGGCUGCUGGCUGGUUUGAGCUCCACCCUCACCCCCUAUCCAAUCACAGUUCCUCCUUCUGGGGGCUGGGCUGAAGGGCUGCACUCCAAGCUGCUAGCUCUGGCACUAGGCUCCCAGCCCGGGGACGAUGUGCUGCCGAUUCUGUCACCGCUGGCAACCGCCCUGUGCACUAGGGCUGUUGCUGCUGCUGCUGCCGCCCCUUGUCCUUGUAUCUCCCCUGGCAGCAACCACAGCGGGCCCAGGCCGCUGUGACACCAUAUACCAGGGCUUUGCCGAGUGUCUCAUCCGCUUGGGGGACGGCAUGGGCCGCGGAGGUGAGCUGGAGAGCGUCUGCAGGUCUUGGAAUGAUUUCCACACCUGUGCCUCGCGAGUCCUAUUGGGCUGCCCCGAGGAGGCCGCCGCCGUGUGGGAGUCACUACAGCAAGAAGCGCGCCGGGCCCCACACCCAGAUAACUUGCACACUCUGUGCGGCACCCCUGUACGCCUUCAGGAGCGCAGGGAGGGCCCAGAGACCAACCAGGAGACGCUGCGGGCGACAGCGCCAGCACCCACUCUGGCCCCCGAGCCCCCUCUGCUGGCGGCUGCGCUGGCACUCGCCUGCCUCCUGGGUCCUCUGGCCUAGCUGGUCUGGCCGGGUAGCAGCGCCCCCCACCGUCUCCAGCCCUGCCCUGGUGGCUGCCGUCGUGGCUCCUCAGAAAGCGCUCGGCUUUCAUUAAAGGUAUUUAUAUUUGUACCAAGCUCCUUCCUUUCUUUCCACUGUGGCCCACCUGGCUGGGGUGGAGCCUUCAAGAAGCUGAUCCCCAGGACGAGAUGGGCGGGCUGAAGGCCACCAUAGGGGACUCAGUCUUUCUCUUCACAAACACUCAUUUCCCAGGGGCAAUGCAGAGCUUUCCACUGCCAGCAGGUUCCAAGACUUCUGGUGGUGACCCAAGAUGUGCGGGAAUGCACAUCUUUCUCUGUUCUGUGUUCUCCUGGGCUGGCAUUCCUAGCCCUACCUGCCCCUCCUGUCCUGGCCCCUAGGGGCCAUGUGAGGUGAUAGAGUGUCCCCGCCCCCACCCUCAGCCUAGUCCACCCCCCUCCCCAGGUUCUUUCCAGUUUCCAGGCUCCUGUCCAUCUCACCUCCUCCUCCCUCUUCUGAACUACCACCUUAGCCUUCAAGACAGUUCAGAUUAAGUACC